CACUACAGUAAAGCGCUUCAGGGGCUCCGUGCAAUACAUGCAUUGUGCAAAACAAACAUUAGUACAGCAAUAACAGUUAGCCAGAGUGUCAUUAUUAUUAUUAGAUAUAGUUAUGUAGGUUACUUGACACGCCCACCUUCACACGUUAGUUCAGGAGUGAAAAGCUGUGAAAGCAAAGCAGAGUGGAGACAAAAAGAACUAUAGGACAGAAGCGGAGCUAUAUGCUGUUAAUAAAGUAUAACGUUUGAACUAAGAUGGUAGAAGUUGUGCACAUGAUUGACAGUGAGGUCUUUCUGGCCUUCUCCACAUACGCAACCAUAGUCAUCCUCAAAAUGAUGUUUAUGAGCCUCAUGACCGGUUACAUGCGAGUGUCAAAACAGGCCUUCUCCAACUUAGAGGACACAGCCAUGGCAAAGGGGGAAGACAAGAAGAAACUGGUUAGGAUUGAUCCGGAUGUGGAAAGAGUGCGACGAUGCCAUCUGAAUGACCUGGAAAGCAUCGUUCCUUUCGUGUUGAUCGGUCUUCUGUAUGCACUGACGGGGCCGGUUCUUUCCACUGCUCUUUUGCACUUCCGGGUGUUUGUAGCGUCCCGAUUCAUCCAUACAGUCGCAUACACAAUGGCUCUUCCACAACCUACCAGAGGUCUAGCCUUUGGCGUAGGGCUGCUUACAACUUUAUCUAUGGCAUACAGGGUGCUCACUACAGCUCUUUUUCUCUAAUGAAGAACACUCGCUUCAAAUACAGUUGAAGUCAGAAUUACUAGCUCCCCGUUAAUUUAUUUUUUCCCCCCAAUUUCUGUUUAACAGAGAAGAUUUUGUUGAGCACAUUUUUAAACAUAAUAGUUUUAAUAACUCAUUUCUAAUAACUGAUUUAUUUUAUCUUUGUCAUGAUGACAGUAAAUAAUAUUUGACUAGAUAUUUUUUCAAGCCACUUCUAAACAGCUUAAAGUGACAUUUAAAAGCUUAACUAGGUUAAUUAAGUUAACUAGGCAGGAUAGAGUAAAUGGGCAAGGUAUUGUAUAACAAUGGUUUGUGCUGUAGACUAUAAAAAAAAUAUAUAGCUUAAAGGGGUUAAUAAUUUUGACCUUAAAAUGUUUUUAAAAAAUUAAAAACCGCUUUUAUUCUAGCCGAAAUAAAACAAAUAAGACUUUCUAUAGAAGAAAAAAUAUUAUCAGACAUACUGUGAAAAUUUCCCUGCUCUCUUAAGCAUAAUUUGGGAAAUAUUUAAAAAAAAGAAAAAAAAAAAGAAAUCAAAGGGGGCUAAUAAUUCUGACUUCAACUACAUAACAUUUUGUGUUAGUAUACGUGCUUUUAGCAGUCUUGCUUGAAUGAAGAUUUGAGUGUGUUUUCUAUUGGCUUUUAGUGCCAUGUUCCCAUGUAUGCACUUUAUACACACUAUAAAUGAUUUUUUUAUAGGCAUUGGUGGUUCCUUAAAGGAAUAGUUCUCCUACAGAUGAAAAUUCCUCCCUCUCAAGUAGUUCCAAAACAUUUAUGAGUUUCAUUAUUCUGUUAAACAUUGAAGAAAAUAUUUUGAAGAAUGUUGGAAACCACUGACUUCCAUAGUAGGAAAAACAAAUGCUUAUUAUAAAUGGUUACAGGUUUCCAGCUUUCUUCAGAAUAUCUACUUUUGCUUCGAACCCAUAAAGGAUUGAAACAAGCAACGAGUGAGUAAAUGAUGGGUGAACUAUUCCUUUACAGAACUAUUAAUAUCCUUGCAACAUUUUCCAUCCACAAAAGAUUCUUUAAAGUGGAUCUUUAGAUCGUUAAUAAAAAUAACGGUUCUUAUCAGAAAUGUUCACUAAAAGGUUCUUAAGGGAAUCAAAUGUUCUUCUAUGAAAUCAUUGCAAGACGCUCUUUUGGAAAGUUUCAAUAAAAACUACAACACUGAUGGUAAUAAUUAUUGUGAUCUUUAACAUCUGGCACACAUUUGAAGAAGAGUCUGAAGUUUGAACAGUAGUAUACAUUGUACAUUGAACAGACAUUUGGUUUUUUGUUACUCAUUAAUCAGACUUUGAGCAACAUUUUCAGAUGGUGUGCUUUAAUCUGGGAUUUUGAAGUUCAUGCAUAGAUUUGACCAUUUACACCAGUUGCAAAGACUUACCAAGUUAACAUUUUAGCAUUUUAAUACUCCUUGUAAGCAGGUUUUACAACGUAUAUUAAUGCAUUAAAUAAAUCAUGGAAAACA